AUGUUCGAUGGUAACAUACUCAUCCCAUCUAUCUCUAGUUUGGUUGUGCGCAUAUCGGCCGAAGUAUCCAGACCCCGCGAUGACCGCCAAAGCGACGGUACUUUUCUGAUAGCCAUGGAACUUACUGCUAUGGGAUCUCCUGCUUGGGAAAAUCUUCGACAAAACGAGCUCGAAACUUACGUGUCGCGAGUACUUGACCGUGUUAUUCGUCACUCCAAUGCGUUGGAUACGGAAUCUUUAUGCAUUUUAAAAGGCAAAAGCUGCUGGAAUAUACGGGCCGAUGUACAUGUAACCGACUACGACGGCAAUCUGAUCGACUCGGCCUGCAUUGGCAUCAUGGCUGGUCUACAGCAUUUUCGACGACCAGAUAUCGAGGUCAAGGACGGUCAGGUCAGGGUCUUCGGCAUCAACGAACGAGUGCCGGUACCAUUGAACAUUACCCACAAGCCAUUAUCAAUCACAUUCCAAUCUUUCCACGAAGGAAAGGUUCUCAUAUUAGAUGCCACCCGCAAAGAGGAACAAGCAUCUGAAGGCGACCUUAUAAUUGCGCUCAACAGCACCGGCGAAACAUGUGCAGUAUACAAGGCCGCUGGCAGUCCGGUCAGUGCGCUCGAAGUCAUCAACAAAACAAACCUUGCGCAACAGAAAGUACUCGAAAUCAACGGCAUAAUAAGUAAAGCGCUCGAAGCUGACCUGGCUCGGCGCGCAAAGGUGAACCGUGCUUCGGAAGCCAAUGCGGAGAAUGAUCGUGAAGGAUAA